AUGGAGUCCAUAUCGCGACUCAGAAGCGUGCUUCUGACAAGUCUCAGCUCUCGUGGACAUGGAGAACAAGAACUUUUUGAUGAACUCAUGAUGCACAAACAGAGGCUACUUGAACUGUUUGAGGUAGGACAGAGUAGCCAGCAGGAACAACAAGAGCUACGAAGUGGAAGGAUCACGAUCAAUGGCAGGUCAUUCGCUGUCAAUGCGGAUUUUGCUCAGCAGGCAAUAUUCCUUGCUCAGCAGCUCAAGUCCUCCGAAAAAUACAUCGCGAGCAUACUGCAUUCUGUCAUGAGCGAAAACCCAAAUAUAGGCCCAGUCGGUUGCGUAGAAGCUACAGUCGUUGAAUUCCAUCAAAGACGACGUCAUCUGGUCGAUUGUUUGCGCUACAUCUUUGAGGCUGCAGAGUUGGCUGAGUUGCCAGAUGCACCGCGACUUUACAAACGGCUGGAUGCUUUUGCUAGGCAGGAUCUCGUCCCACCUAUGAAAGGACCAGGUGGAGAAGUAUCGCUGGCAUUGCGAAUAUUCAAGGAGUUAGAGAACUUGGGAAACACAGUUGCACGGGCGCAACAAGCACAACAAUGUGCCGUGAGCAAUACUGUAACUCCUUCUGGUGGUUCACCUACUCUGGGCUAUGACAUUCUCAGUGCACGCUGUGACUCGCUCAAGUAUGAGAGACGAUACCUUGCUACUGUCUACUUCCAGAUUGCCCGUCUUGGAUGUCUCACGGUCUAUGACAUCCGCACUUCCCUCGAUUGGUUAUCCGUGAAUCCCAACGACGCCAUGACAUUCUAUGUCUUGACCGCUAUUCUGGCUGCCUUUGAUUUGAUGGACCCCUCGUCUAUCGGUGGCAGGAAUCGCCAACGCCUGGCUACGGACAACGCAAUGAUAACAUAUAUGAGGCAGAAGCUCUCCCGCAACACGGAGUGGAAAGAUACAGGUCUAAAAGCAACUGUAUUGCUAAAGUGGACUCUCCUCUUAACCGAAACUCGUCACCGCGACCCAUCUUUGGAGGCCAGGGAGGGUUUCAAGACAACAGAGCUGGAGACUCAGAUUUGGAAUGCGGUCCAGGGCGAUGCUUUCACAUAUCUCACCACAGCGCUUAUCCAGUUGUCAAGAAGCUCACCAGCAACGUCAUUCGCUGCCUUCAUUGAGCUUACGCCUGAGCAGGAGCAACUAAGAGAACCGCCUCACGAAGACUUUAAGUUGGCAGUUCUUAAUGCUUGCGAAGCGCUGGUGCGCUCGGUGAUCACAUACGCAUCCUCAGAGUUACGCAAAAUCAAACAACGUCAAGAGGAUAUCGUUCUCGCCAGUGCACGUCUAUUCCGGUCAGUGACACAUUCCGGGCAAGACUCAGACUCUCAAGCAAAUCCUCGCAACGACAUCGCCAUGCUAUACUCGUUCAUAGGUCUUCUAUACUCCAUACUUCCUCCCGAAAGAGCUCUGCAGUUCUGGGGGGCUACACCACUCACCGAAAAUCAUCGUCUCACCUACCUGGAGACUGCGGAGGCCAAUGCAGGCAGGCUUCCUUCUUUCCUUCAGUGGGCAGUAUGGUCCACACAGACUCGUGAUAUCAUCAUGACCACUGCGCUAUACGACAUGUUGUCUGGUUUAGCAAAAGGCCAACAAUGCAGUGAGCUCGCAUAUAAUUUUCUUGCUAGAGGUGGGGUAGAAGUCGUACCUGGAAGCAGCCUCGCUGCCAGCUCAUCUCACUACAGCGCUGGUUCAGCUGUGUCCUGGACGCUCAUAUUCGCUCUGCUAGAAUCCUGGGCAGUUCCUUCAACCAGCCCCAAGCCCCACCCACCUCCGCAACAGAACUUGGGGACAUCGUUCAGUGGCUUCAGGUCAUCUAAUUUCGCCGAGUUCCAAUCUACUUCCCAACAACGGCAGCAGCAAAAACAGGUUGUUAUAGGACCUAAUGAUGUUUUACUUGCCCAAUCAUUCCUCCGCCUUCUAUCUACGGUGGUUUCAUGCUCGGUUGCUGUCCGCCUCGCAGUUUCCGGAAACGCGCACUUCAGGGCUAUUCCAACGCUGGUCUCGCUGAUACCCCUUGGGAUACCCUUGGAGCUGAAGGGAGCGAUUUUUGACGCCUUAGCAGCUUUUUGUGAACCUGGAGCGGGAGUUCCUGGAGUGGAAAUAUGCAGAUCAGUAUGGACAUUGAUGGAGCGUCUAGAAGUAAUCAAUGUCCGGGCAAAUUCCUCCCGUAUUGGUGGAGUGUUGCAUCCCGUCAAGGGCGUCGAGGUGGAGUUGGACGAGGUUGAAGCUAUUCACAAGCUCUAUCCUGCUACGAUUCCGUUCCUCAAUCUCCUUACUACCCUCAUUCACACUCCCAAACGCCUUUCCUUGAAGGACCUCAUCACAGAUUCGGAGCCAUUGAACACCAUUCCUGAUGCCCUUGGUCAACCAUACCGUCUUCCUGGAAUUGGACCUUACAUAUCCUUCGUCAUCGACAACGUUUUCGCCAACAUCCCCCGGAGAGAGUACAGGCGGCCUUCGGAUAGAUGGCAGAUGAAUGACUUGUGCUUAUCCUUCGUCGAGCGAGUCCUCGCCAGCUACGAUCUGGAGUUAUUGCGAGAGGCCGUCGUUCCCCUCCUUCGUCUCCUGACAAACUCGCUGUUGCAAACCAGUAUCUUGACGUACAUCGUCGAUGGCGUAGAAGGCUUUGAGAAAGGUUUUGCAGACGAAGAACCACAUUUCAAGAAUACGAUUGUGCGCGUUUUGCGGAUCGUUCACCGCGUUCUGGAUAUCCAGGAUAUCUUCCUUGACGUUCUCGUGCCGCUCCUCACGGAGUUUGAUAGCUCACAGUUUGUGGGCGUUGCUCAUGCUCGGUCAUAUUAUACGCGUUUUGAUCAAGCGUUGUCGUAUGGCACACAGCAUAUUCCUGCCAUUGCUGCGUAUGUGGUGUACCCCGCAUACCCUGAGCUUGUCCUCCUCGCGGUCAAGAUUGUCACGCAGCUGUCGUCGUCGGUCAGCAACCUAACCACCCUCGUCGAGCGCAGCAAUGACUCGGAUCGUAUCCGCAGUGGCUUCAAGCAAUUACUCAGUGUCGAGUCAUUUAGCGAUGUGGAUGCUAGUGAAACGCAGGCUGAACAGGUGACCGGUGCUGGUGCCCCUGAUAGAGAAACGCAAGAACCACUCGAUCAAGCGAUACGGCUUGCCAUCCUUGAAUUACUCAUCCAGAACACGCGACCAAACCGACCAUAUCCCACCAUCGGUCAUUUCCUAUUGUUCGGUGGGCCAGAAAACGAGCAUCAAAUCCAAGAUCCACACGCUUUGGGUGUGCACAGAACGUGUGCCCACGUCAUCUUUGACCUUGUGAACGCUGGCGUACCCAGAGUGCACGGCAAAGGCAAAGAUCAUGAACGUCGACUUGCGCAUCAGGUUGAUCCAUUGUUCAUUUCUAUCCCUGCUUUGGCCGAGCGCUGCUACCAGGUCAUCCACCAGCUCUGUGUGCAUCCACGAACAUCAGAGUCCACCAUGAGGUACCUCCGCACGCGAGACGACUUCUUCGCCCGCCAUCUCGCAGCCAUACCUUCCAAAGCCCCGGAAACGCUCGAGGAAGCCUUUAUCACCAGCGUAUCAGCUUUACGGUCAUUCAUGGUAUCGCUUGAUCUUCACGUCCUGACUCGUAAAGGCCACCACAAGGGUGUUUUGGAGGUUUUACAAAUCAUAUUCGGUUCGGAGGCGACGGCUGGCGAGGAUGUGCUCGAAUGGGAUGUGGAUGCGUUGCAGCCAUUCCAGGAGAUGGGCCAGUCGCAUCUUCGGAUCAUCGAGUCCGUGCAGUCCCUCAGCUUUGAUUGGUCAGACAGUUUAACCGUUCAUCCUGUCGACCUCGAGCUUCUCGGUCAGUUGAACCUCCAGUCCUGCAUCCGUGUGGAUGGCACCGGGUGCGAAGUCGUCGAUAGAUCUGCGCUCUUAUCCCUGUUGACGCUUGCUCGGCGUUCCCUCCACGCCCAAGGCCGGAUCACCAAUAGCGCGCAGGCCGACAAAUUGAACGCUGAAACCUCGUAUGUCUUGGAGAGCUGUGCGAUCGAAAACCAUCGCCGUGAGGUCGCUUUUGCUGUUGCUACCGGAUAUGAUGCGUGGUGGAGGCUAUUGGACAUCACCCUUACCAAGUGCUUCCAGCGUCUGCCGCACGACAGGCGCGAAAACAUGCUCUUUGACUUAUUGCACGUUUUACCCACUGCAAUUCGUUCCUCUGACAUCCAGGAACCUACCGCAGUUCUGCUCUCGGAAGCACUGCGCGAAGAUCGACGUCAUCAAGUUAUGCUACAAUCUGCCGGCGGGGACACUGACGCAGGAUCUUUGCCUGCAGAGAGACUGUUUGCGCUUCUCCGCAGCAUCCUUGACUGCAUUCUGGAUAACAACCGUUCCGAGUUGGUCCGUGGCAACCUAUACGCUUCUUUGAUCAAUUACUUCCACCUUAUUGGAGGGAGUGACCAGAGGCCUUCGGGAGAAGCGUCAUUGGAGACGUUCGGGAAGCACUCGAUGUCAAUGUCAAUGUCAAUGUCCCUCUCCGUUCUCUCCUCGCGCGAUGAUUUAUCCCUAAAUGAUUCUCGAUCCAUGCGCGGAUCGCCAAGGCCUGCGACAAAUGCAUCUGCGCUAGAGCUUGGUACGCUGGGUGCGUUAAAAAGCGUGCUCGAGAGACUGGUCACGAUCAUAUCCCGGGACGCAAUUGAUGGCACUGAAGUGUGGAAGACUGUCGCUUUCAUGCUGUUGGACUCCCUCGCUCAGCUGUGCCGCUCGGAUAAGUCCCGCAUGUUUCUUACAUCUUUGGUUCGCUAUGGGAUUUUGUCGAACUUUGUUCAAGGGCUGAAGGAGGCGGAGCCGCAAAUACAGUACAUGCUCAAACCAGAUCCAGACGAUCUAAAUCCUCUAUAUGUUUACGAGUCAAAGAUGUCCUUCUUGAUACGGAUGGCACAAACGAGGCUGGGUGCGGAACGGUUACUUGAAGCUCGAAUUUUCCCGGUCCUGAGUCAAUGCGAGUUCUUGGAUACGAGACCAGAAGCUGAUCAGUCGUUUAUGGACCAAGACUCUUUCUUGCCUUCGGCGAUUCAGCGAUACCACCAGCUAUUCAUGCCUGCACUUCAGCUCGUUGCUGCGAUGUUGACGACGUUAGGAGCUCAGCAUGCCACUGCGAGCAGCCAGGCACUUGACUUCUUAUCAAGCCAUCGAGAAACUAUCAUCAUUCUUCUCAAAAAUGAUUCUGAAGAGAUUGGCUUGUCGAUCGUCCAGGAAAUCCAUCUCAUAGUGUCGCUUAGCAGAAGCGUCCUGACGCUCGUCCCAAAACUCGAGCUGAUGUCAACGAAUUCUGGGUUUGGUGGUAUUCACGGUGCUGUGUUAGGCCUUGCAGCGCGGUGCCUGGGAAACAGAAGCUGGAGUCAAGCGGUCAAACCUCGGACGGAUGCUGAGGUUUUACGAGCUAGCCUUUUUGCGUCCGGGCAUGGAUCGACUACUCAAUUUGAUCUGAGUUUGAGGCGCCAAGAACGGUUACUACUCAAGGCUAUCGUGGAGUACCUGGGAACUGCUAGUGAAUUCACUGAGCCUGAGAUUACACUGGUGCUUUCUCCUGUGGUCACGGUUCCCCGACAUGAUGAACGGUCGUCUCGUUUCGUAGCCACGAUACCGACGGUCGGCGAUGCUAUCGAGGCGCUGAAUGGACUUUGCGACGAUCUUUCAGAGACAUUGAAACAGAUAGCUGACUUAUCUGCUGAACUGUCCUCACGAGACCAUAUUCGAGUGGACAAUAUCCAAGAGAUCGUUAGCGUGUCUGAUCCAGCAUUCCUUCAAGACUUAGACAUCGCGCAGAAGAGGUCAUUGAUAUUCAGAGAGUACGAGAGGUUCAGGAACGAGGCUCAAGAUGAAGUUAAAAACAUGCUCGGUACUACUGAAAUGGUAUUACUAUUGCUGUGGCGCCAUCUCGUGAGCUAUGUGGAGCGCGACUUGUCGAGCAGCGAAAUCUCCGCGCCAAUUAUAAAUAUGAAGAGCACCCUGAGGCUUCUUCCGCCUCCGGACUCUGAUUCGUUCAAGGCGAACGCUGGUAAACGAUUGAUUGGUGCUCUCGCGAGGUUAUCAACAUUGGAUCUGACGGUAGAUACGCUGGGGAGUGAGUGGCAAUCAUACCAAGGAUAUAUUGAGAUUAUGUCACGGAGGUUGAGGGAUACGGUUGGGUUGCAUGAAGCUCUCGAAUAG